AUCGUUUCAAGUGUGGGGAUUGGGGGGGAAGAAGGGUGUAGAACUACUUUAUUGAGACCAAAAAAAAAAAAAAAAAGGUGCAAUUUAGACAGGGAGGAGCUUGGACGCAAACCGCGCCAAGAAACAUUCCUGAGAUGCUUUGGAAUUCUGGAUGCUUUAGCAUUCUGGAACGCUCAACGUCAGUGCAGCUGCAACACGCGGCGGCAUCAGCACUGUAUAUAAGGAGUGGCUCCCUCACUGCCUCCUCAGACUGCAAAGGGACCCCGGAGAAGCGGAGGAUCCAGGCAGCAGCCUGUUAUCUCUCCUGCUCUUCUCAGAAAAGAAGAAAACGUAGCAGCACACGCUUUCACAGCCCUUUAGGAUUUAGACUCCUCUCUCUACAGGCACAAGAAGAGAUCCACUCAGCCUGUAGUCUUGAAAGCCGCAGGGAAAGUUUUAGGCUCCCUCUCUACUCUAGUUUAUUUUAGCUGUACUAGGAAAACAGUUCCUUCGCUAACAAUGAACUACCAAACCACCAAUUAUUUCUUUCUGGCUGUUGCCUUCCUCCACUUAUUCCGGCUGGCGCUUUCCGCCUGCCCAGCCGCCUGCCAGUGCCCUCUGGAGGUGCCCAAAUGUGCCCCGGGAGUCGGUCUGGUUCUGGACGGCUGCGGCUGCUGUAAAGUCUGCGCUAAACAACUCAACGAGGACUGCAGUAAGACCCAGCCUUGUGAUCACACCAAGGGGCUGGAAUGCAAUUUCGGCGCCAGUACCACGGCUCAGAAGGGGAUCUGCAGAGCACAAUCCGAGGGGAGACCAUGUGAAUAUAACUCAAAAAUCUACCAGAAUGGUGAAAGUUUCCAGCCCAACUGUAAACACCAGUGCACAUGCAUAGAUGGAGCUGUGGGCUGCAUCCCGCUCUGCCCACAAGAACUCUCUCUCCCUAACCUGGGCUGUGCCAACCCAAGGCUGGUUAAAGUCCCUGGCCAGUGCUGUGAAGAAUGGGUCUGUGAUGAGACCAAAGAUGCUCCUGAGGAGUUGGAAGGUUUCUUCAACAAAGAAUUUGGUCUGGAUGCUUCAGAAGGUGAAUUAACCAGGAACAAUGAGCUGAUUGCCGUUGUGAAAGGAGGACUGAAAAUGCUACCUGUCUUUGGAUCUGAGCCAUACAGCCGAUCUUUUGAGAGUCUCAAAUGCAUUGUGCAGACAACUUCAUGGUCCCAGUGUUCAAAGACUUGUGGAACUGGUAUCUCUACCAGGAUCACCAAUGAUAAUCCUGAUUGUAGACUAGUCAAAGAGACCAGGAUAUGUGAAGUGCGGCCAUGUGAACAGCCCAGUUAUGGUUCCCUAAAGAAGGGAAAGAAAUGCACCAAGACCAAGAAGUCACAAGCCCCAGUGAAGUUUACUUAUGCUGGAUGUUCCAGUGUGAAGAAAUAUCGCCCCAAAUACUGUGGCUCCUGUGUGGAUGGAAGAUGCUGUACCCCCCAUCAGACCAGGACCGUCAAGAUCAGGUUCCGUUGUGAUGAUGGAGAAACUUUCACUAAGAAUGUAAUGAUGAUCCAGUCUUGCAAAUGCAACUACAACUGUCCACAUGCAAAUGAAGCUUACCCCUAUUACAGACUGUUCAAUGACAUUCACAAAUUUAGGGACUAAAUUGUGAUGGGGGUGGGGAUUUAUCAGAAUUCUGAAGUAACAAGCGAUGGAGAAAAGAACUCUGUGGAAAUGGUGCCAUUUGAGGGCAACAUUGAGAUACUACUACAAGAGCACCCUGUGCAACUGGACACUAAUGCAACAGAGAUUUAAGCAUACUUAAAGCUUCAUAGUAUUGGAGCAACUUUAUUGCUUCUUUUUGGAGCACCUUACCUUAAUCAUGUGCUGUUUUCUGUUUGUAACUGAUCAGAUAAAUGUUUGUUCUGGUUAUGAAAACUUUAAAAACUGUUCAGUUUUAACAUUAUGCUUUUUUUUAUUUUUUUCCAAACAUGCGUUGGAAGAUACAUUCCUUCCUGAGGUGGGCACUUUAGAGAGCUCACUGGUGGCAGCUAUUAUGUACCAACUAUAGUUUAAUUGCAAACAGAAAUCAGUUGUUUUAAAGCUGAGUAUUUUAUUUAUCAAAAUGUAGCUCUCUUUUUUUUGAAACCCCCUUCCCCCCGUAAUACUGGAAUAAGUUGUAAAUGGUUUUAAUUUUAUAUUCAAUGAAUUAAAAGAAUUUAUUUAUGGA